CCCCUCCCCUUCCUCCCUCCUCCUCCCCCUCCCCCUCCUCUCCCUCCUCCCUCCCUGGGGAGGCGGCGGAGGAGGCAUGGCCCGGCUCGGCCCGGCCGGAGGAGCAGCCGCAGCCGCCCCCCAAGGAAGCAGCCCCCUCCCCGCCCCCGGGCAGCCCUGGCUGGCCCUGCUCAUGCUCCUGCUCCCGGACGAAGAGGAGGAGGAAGAAGAGGAGGAGGAGGAGGAAGAGGAGGCCCAGCGGCGGCGGCGGAGGAGGAGGAGGAGGAGAAGCGGAGGCGCCCUUCUCCCCGGGGACCCCCGCCGGAGGAGGCUCCUGCUGCUCUUGCUCCCCACGCCCACGCCGCCCCUGCCGCUGCUCCCCGGCCCAGAAGCAGGAGGAGGAGGAGGAGGAGGAAGGCGGAGGCGCCAUGGCCGGGCAGCGCAGGGCCCUCGCCGGACCCCCAGGCUCCCCCCCGCCGCGGAGGGUCUCCCCAGAGGUGGGCUGACCAUGAAGGAAGAGCCCUUGAGUGGCGGGCUGUCGGCCGUGAGGUCGUGGAUGCAGAGCACGGGCAUCUUGGACGCCAACACCGCCGCCCAAAGCGGCAUCGGCCUGGCCCGGGCGCACUUUGAGAAGCAGCCGCCCUCCAACCUCAGGAAGUCCAACUUCUUCCACUUCGUCCUGGCCAUGUACGACCGGCACGGGCAGCCAGUGGAGAUCGAGAGGACAUCCUUCAUUGACUUCGUGGAGAAGGACAGGGAGCAGGAUGGAGAAAAAACCAACAAUGGCAUCCACUAUCGGUUACAGCUGCUGUAUAGUAACGGGCUUCGGACGGAGCAAGACCUUUAUGUCCGGCUGAUUGACUCCAUGUCCAAGCAGGCCAUCAUCUACGAAGGGCAAGACAAAAACCCAGAGAUGUGCCGCGUGUUGUUGACGCAUGAGAUCAUGUGCAGCCGCUGUUGCGAUAAGAAAAGCUGCGGGAACCGCAACGAGACGCCCUCCGACCCGGUCAUCAUCGACAGAUUUUUCCUCAAGUUCUUCCUCAAAUGUAACCAGAACUGCCUGAAGAAUGCCGGGAAUCCCAGAGACAUGCGCCGGUUCCAGGUUGUGGUGUCAACGACGGUGAAUGUGGACGGCCAUGUCCUCGCCGUUUCCGAUAACAUGUUUGUGCAUAACAACUCCAAGCAUGGACGCCGGGCACGGAGGAUGGACCCCUCUGAAGCCGCGACGCCUUGCAUCAAAGCCAUCAGCCCCAGCGAAGGCUGGACCACCGGCGGGGCCACCGUCAUCGUCAUCGGGGACAACUUCUUCGACGGGCUGCAGGUGGUCUUUGGCACCAUGCUGGUCUGGAGCGAGCUCAUCACGCCCCACGCCAUCCGUGUCCAGACUCCUCCGAGGCACAUCCCAGGCGUAGUAGAAGUGACGCUGUCCUACAAAUCCAAGCAAUUCUGCAAAGGAGCCCCAGGACGCUUCGUCUACACCGCCCUGAAUGAGCCCACCAUUGACUACGGGUUCCAGCGUUUGCAAAAGGUGAUCCCACGGCACCCCGGAGACCCCGAGCGCUUGCCAAAGGAAGUGCUACUCAAGAGAGCGGCUGACCUGGUGGAAGCAUUAUAUGGAAUGCCACACAGUAACCAGGACAUAAUCCUGAAGCGGGCAGCAGAUAUCGCUGAGGCUUUGUACAGCGUCCCACGCAACUCCAACCAGUUGUCCUCCUUGGCUGGGAACCAUGGCCACUCGGGGAUGAUGGGCGUCAACUCCUUUGGGAGCCAGUUGGCCAUCAACCUCAGUGAAUCCGCUCAGGGCUCAGAGCAAGGAUACACCCGGAACACAAGCAGCGUCUCUCCGCGCGGCUACGUGCCCAGCUCCACUCCGCAGCAGAGCAGCUACAACAGCAUCACGUCCAGCAUGAACGGAUACGCGGGGGCUGCCAUGACCGGCCUCGGGGUCCCCGGCUCCCCCAGUUUCCUCAAUGGCUCCACUGCCAACUCUCCCUACGCCAUCAUGCCUUCCAGCCCUCCCCUGGGGGCCUCCUCCAUGGCCAGCUCCUCUGCCCCGGCGGCCGGCGUCUUCUCCUUCUCCCCGGUCAACAUGAUCUCGGCCGUCAAGCAGAAGAGCGCCUUCGCUCCGGUGGUCCGGCCGCAGGCCUCGCCGCCCCCCACCUGCACCAGCGCCAACGGGAACAGCCUCCAGGAACAAACCUUUGAAGAUUCAACAGACAAGUUUCACACUCCGUCUCGGUCGCUCCAAGGCCUGGCUUAUUCCUAACCACACCCUGUCGGGUCUCAUUGUGCCGCCCAUGUGAGCAGGGACCGACCGAAGAGCCUCCUGGAAGGAUGGACCGACUGACGGACUGGCGCCCGACUCAGACCCUUGGGCUUGGAAGGGCGUGGGCGCUGCUUGUGGGGCCACCCGGGGCCCUUCCAACCUGUCUGCGGCCGUCCCAAGAGGGCUCCCCCUUGUGGCGGGAGGCUGCGGUACAGCAGAACAUGCGGCAAUAACCCGGAGCUGGGAGAGCCUGACCCAGGAACUGGAGGAUGCCUUCCGCAAGAAGGGUCUCAUGAGGGAGGGUCUGUGGAGGGGAGAAUUCAGCACUGCCGGCCUUUCUUCAAGCCACGCGUCCCUCCCUGCCCCCUAACCCCAGCCUCCUACCCCAUUUCUCAUGCCUUUGGUUAAAAGAGUCGCUAGGAAAGGAUUGCCCACACACACCGCCCGCCCCAUCAGGCUUCCCGCUCAGGUAGAUUUGCUCCCAACUAAUAAUGGAACAUUCCACUUAAAGAUAUAUAUGUCAUCUCGAUCUCACUAGAGAGAGACAUCAAACCCUGUGAACACUGUCUCUUCUCGGGUCCUUUGCAUUAUUAUCUUAAUUUUUUUAAAAAAAAUAUUAUAAUAAUAAUAUUUUUAUUAUUUCCAUGGCCUUAGGGGUUAAAUGCCAAUAAAUAUGGAUUGGCAGAAAGUUAAAAGUCACCUCUGUUCCUGGAGGUCUGGUUGACAUUAUACACACAUUGUAAUACUUGUCAAAGUAGAGAUCGCUUUCCAGUGAAAGGAAGAGGAUCCACUUUCAGCACUUGGUCCUGAGGGUCUUAUGGUGGGUGUUUAUAUCUAUCUAUAUAAAAAAUGUAAUGUGCAUAAUUCCCAUGGAGUAAAUAGCAAAACCACUGGACCAAAUCACACCAAAUUUGGCCACAAAAGACAGACUCAUCCAAUCUAUGUCUUUCCAUCAAAAACCCUAUAAAAUUAGGUCCAAAUUACAGAAACCCUCCCAAAAUCCAAAAUUACUAACCACACAUAUGCAGAGCCCCCCCCCCCCCCGAUAAACUUGGUGACGUUAGCCAGGUAGGCAGGGCUUCAAUUGCCACCGCGCGCUGACAGUGAGUCAUUAUUAUUAUUAUUAUUAUUAUUAUUAUUAUUAUUAUUAUUAUUAGGUUCCUGGGAACCAUCAAAAUGAACAAAAUCUGCAGUCAGCAUUUAAAAAAACCCUCUACAAUUUGGACAAAAGAACCGCACUUUGAAAAUAAGGGUAUUCCAGACAAGAAACAACCAGAGCCAGCUAACACCUCCCAACAAAGGAUUCCCCCAGGGAGGAAACAACUACGCUUUGAAGCUGCAAGCCCAUUCAGUGCUAAUCAAGGUGAAUAAUUACAACAUUCUCUUGCCUCCACAAACAAAAACCCACUUAGAACGACGCCACAGCAACACGUGGUCGGGCACAGCUAGUAUAUAUAUAUAUAUAGCCUUAAGGGUUCCUGCGUGGAAACAUAGAUCUCCAGGAAGGUCAAGAUCGUCUAAUUGCUUCUAUUCCUGGAGAUAUCCUCCUUUUUUGCAGUCUGUCUUGUUGAUAAACCCAAUACCGAUUGGCCAGUGCCGCAGAGGUAAAUCAUAGAGCGAGAUACAUUUGCCCAUUCUUUCCUGUGCGCAAAAGUUUUGGCAAAAGUUUUUCCGAUGCCAAGGCAUUGGAAUCUCAUCCCACAGGCGUAUUGGUGGAAAUGCAUAGUAAGGCAAGAUGCAUAUCAAAGUCUUGGCAAACGUUUUUCCAAUGCCAAGACAAAUGCAGGGAUCUCAUCCCAAAGGCAUAUAGGUGGAAAUGCAUUGUAAGGCAAGAUGCAUAUCUUUGGAGAGGUGUCAGGUGUCCACCAAAGCCAUGUCUAUCUCGAAACCGAAACCCCUCCUGAAUGGCCAGAGCACCUAUGGAGAGCCCCAUCUAUGCCAUAUGGUUCCCUCCCAUCCAAACUCAUGUUCUUCCCAGGCCUUUCCAGAUGUUGACGUGCCCACCCACAACGCUUCCCUAAGGGGAACUUGCUCUCCGGUCUUUUCCAUCUCGUUCUAUUAGCAAGAACACUGCGGCCAUUGUCUCCGAUUUCCUGUAAGCAGGAAGGGCUGAAAGGAGCAAAAAGGGAAAAAAAACCCGUUCGUUAAAUGUUCUCUGAAGACAGAUGAAUCGAGGCAGGGAGAGGUUUUCCUUUUCAGGAAGCAAACUUCUGGGACGCAGCCCUGUUCUCUUGGAGGCCAAAUCCCAAAGUCUUCUGCAUUGGUCAAGGAAUCUAUAUAUAUAUAAACUAGCUUUGCCCGGCCACGCGUUGCUGUGGCUUAUGGGAAUCCUUUGUUGGCCAGGUGGAAUAGCAGUGAAUAGCCUUGCAGUCUCAAAGCCUGGCCGUUUUCUGGAGUAGCUGGAGCUUUUUGUUGUAUGAACGUAGAGGCAUGGAUGAGGGGUUGUGCUGCCAAGUUUAGUGUUUCUGGGAUGUGUAGUUUUGUUGUUUUGUCCUAGGCCAAAAUUUCAUUACCCUUUUAUAUAUAUAGAUACUAGCUUUGCCCGGACAUGCGUUGCUGUGGCUUAUGCUUUCAGAGUGUUGCUCCUUAUUUACUGUCCUGAUUUUAGAGAUUAUAUUGUUCUGUAUUAUUAUAUCACAGUAAUUAUUACAUAUUAUAUUUAGAAUCUUAUAUUAUCUGCUUAGAACUGGAUUAUAUGAGGCCCCUUCUACACAGCUGUAUAAAAUGCACAAUGAAGUGGAUUAUAUCGCAGUGUGGAGUCCAGAUAAUCCAGUUCAAAACAGAUAAUAUAAGAUUAUAAAUGGGUUAUAUAGCUGUGUGGAAGGGCCUUGAGUCUACACUGCCAUAUAAUCCAGUUCAAAUCUGAUAAUCUGUAUUUUAUAGGCAGUGUGGAAGAGGCCUAAGUGAGGCCUAACUCUGCCUGUCCCCUGGGCUGAGUGGGUUGCUAGGAGACCAAGUGGGCGGAGCUUAGCCUUCUAACUGGCAGCAAUUGGAAUAAAAAUAAUUAUUCCUCUCCCUCUUAUUAGGACUUUAUUUUUCUUUUCUUUUUGUUGUAUGAACGUAGAGGCAUGGAUGAGGGGUUGUGCUGCCAAGUUUAGUGUUUCUGGGAUGUGCAGUUUUGUUGAUUUGUCCUAGGCCGAAAUUUCAUUACCCUUUUAUAUAUAUAGAAGAGUGAUGGAAUCCUGGCGACCGACAAAACAACAAAACUACAGGCCCCCCCAACCUCGAAAUUUGACAACACAACCCAUCAUCCACGCCUCCAGGUUGAUACAACAAAAUGAAAAGAAAAAUAAAGUCCUAAUUAGAGGGAGAGGAAUAAUUGUUUUUAUCCAAUUGCUGCCAGUUAGAAGGCUAAGCUCCGCUCACUUGGUCUCCUAGCAACCCACUCAGCCCAGGUGACAGGCAAAAUGAGAAAACAUGCAAAUGAGAGUAUAUGAAUAGGUACUGCUCUGACGGGAAGGUAACGGCACUCCAUACAGUCAUGCCACGUGACCUUGGAGGAGUCUACAGACAAUGCCAGCUCUUUGGCUUAGAAAUGGAGAUGAGCACCAGCCCCCAAAGUCAGACAUGACUGAACUUAAUGUCAGGGGAAAACCUUUACCCUUUACCUUAACUACCACCAAUUCCUCAAUACUUUAUUUCCCAUACCACCAGACUUCACCACAGCAACGCGUGGCCGGGCACAGCUAGUCACAUAAUAAGUCUUCAUCCGUCAGGAAUGGCCAGAUUCGGAGCAUUGCCUUGCCACAUGGCUUGUGGGAUCGAUGGGAUUCCCCUUGUGAUGAGAAACACAAGGGAAGGUUUUCCUAUGAAAACCACAUUGGGAUGCUAGAAGCCAGCCUGAGCAGAAUGUAUAUUUUAAAAAUCGGAUUUUCUUCCAACAAAAGGGGAAAACCCCCAGAUAUUUGAUCGCUGUCAACACUUGAUCUCAACUUCUCCCAAAAUAAUUCCGGCUUCCAGAGAAAGAUAAAUAAUGACAUAGUUUGCAAUACUGUAAUCCCAUUUCACAGUUCCUGCUUAGUUUUUGAAAAGUUUCUCUUUCAGAGUACCGUAUAUACUCGAGUAUAAACCGACCCGAAUAUAAGCUGAGGCACCUAAUUUUACCACAAAAACUGGGAAAACUUAUUGACUCGAGUAUAAUACGAGGGUGGGAAAUGCAGCAGCUAUGGAUCAAUUUCAAAAAUAAAAAUAGAUAUUAAUAAAAUUGUAUUAUUUGAGGCAUCAGUAAGUUAAAUGUUUUUGAAUCUAUAUAUAUAAAAGAGUGAUGGCAUCACGGCGACCCACAAAACAACAAAACUACAGGCCCCCCAUCCUCGAAAUUUGACAACACAACCCAUCAUCCACGGCUCUAGGUUGAUACAAAAAGAAAAGAAAAAUAAAGUCCUAAUUAAAGAGAGAGGAAUAAUUGCUUUUAUCCAAUUGCUGCCAGUUAGAAGGCUAAGCUCCUCCAACUUGGUCUCCUAGCAACCCAAUAAAAAAUAAUAAAAAAACUAAAAAUUAAUUAAAAACACUAAAAAAUUAAUACAAUAAAAUACUAUAACAGAAAAUAACUAAAAAAUAAUACAAGAAAAUAAUAAAAUAUAAUAAAUAAAAAGAUAACUUACAAUAAAAUUAAUUUAAAAAAUACAAAUAAUGUCAAAUAAAAAUUACACAACAAUUUUUAACCAAUACCACCACCACUUUGCCACAGCAACGCGUGGCCGGGCACAGCUAGUAUUUAUAUAAAACUGUAAUUUAAGAUAAUAAUAAGACUUUAAUCAGAUAAGACUGUCCAACUCUGAAUACCUAUAUACUCAAGUAUAAGCUGACCUGAAUAGAAGCCGGCCAGGACCCUCACUCGAGUAUAAACCGAGGGGAGAUUUUUCAGCCCUAAAAAAGGGCUGAAAAAUUAGGCUUAUACUCGAGUAUAUACAGUAAUUUCUUCCACGUGGCCACUGUCAAUGACUUGCCGAUCUUGCCUACACUGCAGAAUUGAUGCAGUUUAGCACUAUUUUAACUGCCACGUGGCCACUGUCAAUGAUCUUGCCUACACUGCAGAAUUGAUGCAGUUUGGCACUAUUUUAACUGCCAUUGCUCAAUGCAAUGGAAUCCUGGGAUGUGCAGUUUUACAAGGCCUUCCCUGCUCAAUUACAACUCCCAUAACAUUGAGCCAUGGUUGUUCAAGUGGUGUCAAACUGCAUUCAUUCUACAGUGUAGAUACACCCAUAAACCUUGUGUUCCGUACCGAACGCUGAGCCCUAAUCUAUUCCCAUCCUCAGCAUUGUAGUUUGACAAGAGCAACCUCUCCAAUGUCAACUAGGAGAUCUGUAGUUCCUCGGGGAGAAGGAAGAACUGUUUGCAAACCCAAUGAACCUUUUGCCAAGCUGCAAUGCUGUAGAUAUAAUAUCUGCAGGGAUGGUGCAAUGUGCAAAGGUGGAAUAGGAUUCCUAUCUCGUCAGAAAAGUAUCCUUGGUAUCAUAUUUGCUGAAAUAAUACAAGCAUGGGAUAUUUAGUCAGGGGAGAGAAAGCUAGAAGCAUUCCACCAAUUUUUCCUUAUACAGUCAGCCCUCUUUAUCCACGGAUUCAGCAUCCAGGGGUUCCACUAUCCUCAGCUUGGAAAUAUUCUCCCCAAAAGACAUUCCAAAAAGCAAAUUUUGUUUUUGCCUUUUUAGAUAAGGGAUAUCAUUGUCUAUGGAGCCUGUGGUGGUGCAACGGGUUAAACCGCUGAGCUGCUGAACUUGCUGUCCGAAAGGUUGCCGGUUUGAAUCCCGGGAGCGGAGUGAGCUCCCGCUGUUAGCCCCAGCUUCUGCCAACCUAUCAGUUUGAUAACAUGCGAAUGUGAGUAGAUCAAUAGGUACCGCUCCACCGGGAAGGUAACAGCACUCCAUGCCGUCAUGCCAGUGGCCACAUGACCUAGGAGGUGUCUAUGGACAAUGCCGGCUCUUCGGCUUAGAAAUUGAGAUGAGCACCAACCCCCAGAGUCGGACACGACGAGACUUAACGUCAAGGGAAACUUUUACCUUUACCUUAUUAUUGUAUAUAAUAGGACUUGAUCAUCCAUGGAUUUGGGAUCCUGAAGCCAAGCAGAUAAUAGGACCCAUUGCAGAGACUCAUUUUCCAAGCCCAUUGGAUGUACUUGGCUUGAUCAGCAAACCCCAAAAAUAUUAAAGGUGAAGCAUUUCCAGGGGCAGAAUUAAAGCAACACCCACAAAUGAACCACAAAUUUAUUUUUGUUUUUUCGUGUCAGGAGCAACUUGAGAAACUGCAAGCCACUUCUGGUUUGAGAAAAUUGACCGUCUGCAAGGACGUUGCCCAGGGGAAGCCCGGAUAUUUUGAUGUUUUACCAUCCUUGUGGGAGGUUUCUCUCAUUUCCCUGCGUGGGGACCUGGAGCUGACAGAGGGAGCUCAUCCGUGCUUUCCCCGGAUUUGAACCAGCAACCUUCAGGCCAGCAACCCAACCUUCAAAUCAGCAAUCCUGCCGAUGCAAGGUUUUAACCCAUUGUGCCAUCGGGUUCUCCUCACAAAUUUAGUAAAAGUAUCUUACCAGCCUCAACCAUUGCAAUAUCUUGGUGCUUUCAAAAGAUAUGCUGCUUUUUAUGGCAAAUGUAUCUAAGGUGCAUCUACACUGUAGAAUUAAUGCAGUUUGACACCACUUUAGCACCCAUGGCCCGUUGCUAUGGUGUCGUGGAAGUUGCAGUUUUCCAUGGCCUUUCGCCUCCUUUGUCCAACUAAACUCCUAGGAUUUCAUAGCCUUGAGCCAUGGGAGUUGAAGUGGCAUUAAACUGUGUUAAUUCUACAGUGUAGAUGCCCCCCUUUGAUGAACAAGGAUCCUGAAAGUGGGUUAAAUCCAAACUAAGAUAUAGGGGGGACUAGAAGGAAAGAGAAAUGUGAAUUCUUUCUUCAUUAUUCAGCCCGUUGUAGGCGGUGGUUGCGUUCCCCCAUCGACAGCUGCAACAGUUUUGGGCCGUGCUUUUCUACAUUUAUUGAAAUGAUAAUAUUCAAGGGGGGCUUUUAAUGGCAAAAGAAAGGAGAGCAAUUUCCCCAAAGGUUCACGAAAGAAUUUGGAAUGGCUUUUUGAAAGAAAAUUCAGUUUUUCCCCUAUUAAAAUCCAUUGCCUCCAGUCUUAAUACCCUCUGAAUUUGCUGAUAUGCUAUUCUUCCCCCCAUUCGGUGAUUCUUUUCAAUGUGUUCUUUUUUAAAACAAUGCAACACAGUUCUUCGGGUUCUGUUAAAAAGCGCCGUCUUCAUCAUAAAAAGGAAACCGGGUUUCGAAACCGAGGGGAUGAUGGAUGUUCCUCCUGAAACAGACCGGCCACUUGGUUGCAGCGCCAAAAAGGGUUGCAAAAGGGCUUCCUUCCCUCCGCCUUUGCUAUCACUGCAAUUUCAGGCAUCCUCUCCUAAAACUCCCACAGUUAUUUUUCUAGCAUCGUUUCCAAGUGGGAAAAAAAGAGGGGAGCGAAUAUUUGUAAAUAGAGAUGAAGAGGAAAGCAUCACCCCGGACGUUGGGAUUCGGACCAUUCCCAUCGGGGCUUGUUCUCUGUGUAUUUAUCUUCGCCGUACGGAGAAUUGUUCUCCCGUCUCAUGUUUUGUUUUGUUUUUAUUUUCCUUUCGUAUAAAUAUAUAUAUAUGUAUUAUUAUUUUUUUCUACUUAAGUUUUAUGUUUAAUUUUUUUAAUUUUUUACAUUUGUCCGUCGUGUGUCCUGUGACGGCUGUUGUACAAUAGCAAUGUUGACCAAUACCUGGCUGCACUGUUUUUUCAAUGUUAAGCACAUGUAAAUGGACUAUUUACUGUCAUUUCUUAGGAAACAGGCCCUAGAAUAUAUCUAUAUACCUCCUGCA